ACGUGAGAGAAAAUCACAAACAAAAACAGAGACUGAGGGAAUAAAAAAAAACAGAAUAAAAUGGCAUUUCUGAAGUCAGUGGCUACCACAACAGCCAUAGCAGCCUCAGCUCUGCCCGCUGCUUUCGCAAUCGCUUCUCUCUCUUCAUCGUCUCCGUCUUCCUUUCCGAUCUCCAAAACCCUAAAUUUCGCCUCCUUGUCAUCGUCCUCGUCGUCGAUUUUUACCCCAGACCGCUUGGCCCCCAUCAAGAGCGAGUUCACUCGCCCUCCCUCUGCCCUUCACAUGGACGCGCCUCUAUCGAAUGGCAAACCCUCCUCACAGGACGAUGCCGUAUUGCCGGAAUUACUGACAGAGUUCAUGGUGGAUAUGAAGUGUGAGGGUUGUGUUAAUGCCGUUAAGAAUAAGAUACAGACUGUUAAUGGAGUUAAGAAUGUUGAAGUGGAUUUGAGCAACCAAGUGGUUAGGGUUCUUGGGUCUUCGCCUGUUAAGACCAUGACUGAAGCUUUGGAGCAGACAGGUCGCAAAGCCCGAUUAAUUGGCCAGGGGGUCCCUGAAGAUUUCCUGAUUUCUGCUGCUGUUGCCGAAUUCAAAGGUCCAGUUAUUUUUGGUGUGGUUCGCUUGGCUCAAGUGAAUAUGGAAUUGGCUAGAAUUGAAGCUAACUUUAGUGGGUUGUCACCUGGAAAACAUGGUUGGUCCAUUAAUGAAUUUGGGGAUCUAACAAAGGGUGCAGCAAGCACUGGAAAAGCUUUCAAUCCAGGGAACAACAUGGCUGAACAAGAGCCUCUGGGCGACCUGGGAACAUUAAAUGUUGAUGAGAGUGGUGAGGCCUUUUUUUCGGGUGUUAAACAGAAGCUGAGAGUUGCUGAUCUCAUUGGGCGAUCCAUAGCUGUGUAUGGAAGUGAAGAUAGAUCAGAUCCAGGUCUCACAGCUGCAGUGAUAGCUAGAAGUGCUGGAGUUGGUGAGAACUACAAAAAGCUCUGCACAUGUGAUGGCACCACCAUCUGGGAAGCAACUAAUGCAGAUUUUGUCACUAGCAAAGUUUGAUGAUGAACCACCUACACUUCCUUCUGACUGAAAUUUGUACCACUUUUUAUGUGUCUAUCAAAUUAAAGAGUGUAGCUCUUGGGAUCUCUUAAGGAGAACCGAGGUAUUUGUAUCUGUGUGUCAUUAUCUAAGCUAGUGUAUAGUUCUUGGAAUCGUGUAUUUUCUAAAAGCAACGACUUCAUUAUGAAGAACUGAAGAGAUAAAGAGUUCCGUCUAAUAAAACAGAUGUCCUACAUGUUUA